UUAAAGCCUAUAAGAUCAUUUGUGUUAUAUUGGGCAAUUCGCACCUAAUCUUUGGUAAAUAAUAACCGGAUGAUGUGGAAUGGGCGGUAAUGGAUAUACGCACGAUCAGUACUGGCUGGCGGUUAUAGCAUUUGGGCGGAAGACGAAGAGGAGUAAUGAGGGAUAUACCAUACACUUAUCCACUAAGUGCUGUAAUAGCGUAUACACUGAAGCUUGCAGUGCGUUAUCCGCUCCCUGUACUAUCAAUGAAACGAUCGUUCGACUACUUUAGAGAAGAGUAUAUAUGUCUGACUAACUGCGUGCGUGACACCACUUCUUCAUUCUUACCUUUCUCAUUGUUCUCUAAACUACCGUGUUACUUGGAAUUAUUAGUGUACCACUACAACUCUACAGCAUCUUUACCUGUUAUACACUUCGUAUCUGAUAUCCCCACUGUAAACAUUGCGCCAUGUCGAAUAACAACAACAAUCGCUUUGACCAUGGGUCUUAUCUUCUCCAAGAGCUGCUCAGCUCAAUGAAAGAUGAAUCCCCUAUGUGGUCUCAAUAUCAACCCUUAUGGGACCCGUUGCAAGUCCUACAGGAGACGUCCUCAAACGCUACCGAUCAAACAAAGAACAAUAGCGGGAUUGACAUGGUGGAGGAUGGACUAUUUAAUAUGGCUCUCAGUAGUUUUCCUCCAGUCACGAAUAACCUGCCUACUCAGUUCACGCCUGUUGGGUUGUCCAUAAGCCAACCGUCCUCAGCCACCGGACUCAGUGGUGGUCAACCUCCACUUCAACUUGCGCCUAUAUCCGAUACUUCUUUUUUCCCUCUUCUUUCUCUUCCUUCAAAUCAGGUUCCGCCUCCCCCGCAGCAGCCGCAACUGUUUGUCCCUCAUAACCUGCAACUCCCAACUACAAUUACUCAAGAUUUUCAUGCUCCGGCACUCUCUCAAUCCCCAGUGCACCAAACUCCAACGACACAUCAACAGAGGCUGAACUCACAUCCAUUCGUCCACCGUACUGCAUCCUCCCCAGCUAGGGUAUCAAAGCAACCAGCUCCUUACCAUAUCCCCUCAUCAACUGUGGCUGGGCCAUCGAGUCAACUCGACGUCGCACCGGAAGGCGUCUCCAGCUUGCUAGAUCUUCGAGUCGAUACCUUUACAUCUGAGCUUCCGGUAUCGCAGGGAAGGGAGCCUACACGCUCGAGAGAUCGUGUGCCGGAAGAGAACAGAAAGCGACGCCUACAGGCAUGCGAGGGCUGUCGCAAAGCUCGACACAAGUGUCAAGAGGGAGGAUCUCACAAAAGUCUUCCCUGCAAGAGGUGUAAAUCCAAGGGAAUAACAUGUGUCUGGUCAAGUAAAAAGAGAAUGUUUGGACGACAAGGAUUGAGUGCUCAGCGAAGGGCAUCUAACCAAACUUCAGCUCGUGACACUGAUGAUAGUAAUCAGACGCUCGUUAAUAUCAACGUUCGCGCAACCGUCUCGCCUAUAUCCAGCGAACGUAACCAGGAACCCAGGCGAACAGUGAGCGACACUGUGAUCGCGGCUUCCGCCUCUUCACAGCGACCUUCUGCCAACCAAAUUGUUUCAUCGUUGCCGCCGCUUUCGGCCCAACAACUUGCGGAUCACUACCUACAAUUAAUAAUGGGACAAUCCCAGAAAAGCCAGCAGUCAGAUGCUAUUGGAUCUCAGCUCUCUCAGGCCCCACUUCCCUGGGAGAUGAUGGCACCCCAAGAAUUGCAGAAUCAACUUCAGGCUAGCCACCCGCAGGAUCAACAAGAGCAACAACAAUUUGCUUUAGAUUUCACAGAAUUCGCCAACACUGAGGAUGGGAACAAUACUGCCAAUGGAGGAUUCCAGUACGACUCGCUUGUAGAAGCGUUGUACGCAUGGUAAAAUCAAUCAGUUUCGUCAAACAAUAUGGACGACGGUACAAGUAAAGACAAUAGGCCGGGAAAAUAGGUGCCGCACAAGGACUUUUCAGUGUAAAUAGCUUUUAGCUCGUCGAAACGUUGACGGGACUUCUCUCCGGACGCGCCAAAGCUGCGCAAAGAACUAUCUUUGGCUUGGUACCUUUCAGUGACUUUAACCCAACACUGUCGUCGUUGCCACAGCUCCGUUGGCGCCUAAGGUUCGUCAAGAUCUUGAAAGGCAUCGCGCGGAUCUUGUGACCUUUCGAUGGAAAUCAGCGGGUCACUAAAAUCGUAAACAAAUGUAUUAACCCGUGUAUAGAUUUGUCAGGUCAGUAGAUGAAGUAGUAAUAUCUAUGACAUGCAUGUAUUGAACAAG